GACCUUCUUCCACAAGUCGAUUGAUGCUUCGGCUUAUGUGCACAACACCUCGUACAUGCUGAAACUUAUGGAGGAUGUGAUUGAUCUGGUAGGAGAGGAGAAUGUCGUGCAGGUCGUCACUGAUAAUGGGCCGCAAUAUAAGGCUGCCGGGCAGGUUUUGAUGGAGCGGUGGCCACACAUUUUCUGGACCCUAUGUGCUGCACAUUGUAUCGAUCUUAUGUUGAUGGACAUUGGAAAGAUCCGUAGGGUGCAACAAACGGUGGAGACAGCCCAACGCAUUACCAGGUAUAUUUAUAACCAUAACUGGGUCCUUUCAUUGAUGAGAAAGUAUGCAGGGGGAGAGAUUCUGAGACCAGGAGUCACACGGUUUGCUACCAACUUCAUCGCACUUGAUAGCAUACUCGAGAAGAGAGGAGCCCUACGUCAGAUGUUUGCCAGUUCCGAGUGGUAUGAUAGUAGAUAUUCUUAUGCCGGCACUGAAGGGAGCAAGAUAGAAGACUUGGUGACGAGACAGCCAUUCUGGCAGUGGGCUACUACAAUAGUCAAAGCUAUCAAACCAUUAUAUGAAGUGCUGCGGGCCGUAGAUAGCGAGAUCUACCCCCAGAUGGGGUUUUUGUAUCACAUGAUGGUCAAGGCAAAGGAUCAGAUUAUGGAGGCAGAUCCAGCACAUGGCCGGUCAUACAUCAACAUCAUUGAGCAAUGGUGGGGAACGCAAAUGGGUACGGAAUUACAUCUAGCAGCAUACUACCUAAACCCCCGGUUUCAGUACAACAUAGAUGGAAUUGGUAUGGAUGAAACACUUCUGGAUGCUUUGCGUAAUGUGAUUUACAAGAUGGAGGCAGAUCCAGAAAAAGCGGCCCUAUGUCUUGAAGAGAGCAAAUUAUUUAGAGAGGGCAGCUACAGUUUUGGCCAACGAGCGGCUGUCGUCAGCAAACACAAUAUGAAUCCAGCUGAACGGUGGGUGCAUUUUGGCGGAUCCGCAAGAAAUCUAAAGCGGAUAGCUAUCUGGAUCUUCUCCCAGUCAGUCUCUUCUAGUGGAUGUGAGAGCAAUUGGUCCACCUUCGCCCUUGUCCACAGCAAACAAAGAAACCGUUUGACGCAAAAGCUCCUCAACGACCUUGUUUAUGUGCAUUACAAUUUGCGGUUGAGGCUAAAGUGCAUCCAGGAGGAAGUGGAGCUCAAGUAUACAGAUCCGAUUUACGGGUCCUUCACCGCUGAUGACGAUGAUCCACUACUCGGCUGGCUUGUAGGCCAGCAGCAGGAGCCCGAGUUUGACGAGCCAGGAUCGCCUCCAUGACCAGCUACCUUCAUAGCCACCGAAGCUGGGGUCGAUCCAGAGCAAUGGGCUGAGCGCAAUAUUCCACGCACUCCCAGAGCUGAUCAACCGCAGGCACAGGGGAGCCAGACAGAGAGGGCCAGGAAAGAAAAAUAAAGAAUCCCAAUGGAGAGUGUCGAGGAAGAGAUUUGGACUAGCAGUGAUGAAGGUUCUGGUGGUGAUGGAUCUUCUAGCCAUGGAGGGAGCGGAGGACAGUAUGGUACUCAUGAGACACAGCCGGAGGGUGGUCUUUAUUUCACCGGUGAGUCCCAAUUUAUGGGUGCUACACAGGAUACGGACCACGGUCGACCACCUGAUAGAUUUCGUAAGGAUAUUAUUGGAUAUAGAAGACGGGCUCCUCGAGGUCGUUCAGGAAGACAGGAUACGACUGCAGAUCCAACAACAUACGGAUAGGGAUUCUAUUAUCCACAGCCUCAGCCUGACGAAUAUGGAUAUGGUGCAUUGGAUUUUGCUUCCCCCAUAUUUGGAUGGGCCCCUACACAAUCAGAGGACACCUCUCAGAGCCAAAGCGUGAGCGAGAGAUCCGACAGUUCUUAUAACCUGGCGCGCGUUCCUUCUGAUUGGGUUGAUUUGCCUCCUCCUGAUUAUACUUAUGAUCCAGAUAUCUACGAGAGCCAUCGGCACUCGUCCCGAUUUUAAAUAUCCUAGAGUACUUUAAAUGUAUGUAAAUGAUUGUAUCUUAAUUUGAAGAUAUUUUAUGUGUAUGAUUUUAUCAUUUGGAACGGGAGAAAAACAUAACAUGCAAUCAUGCAUCAUA